GUGGAGAGCUGAACGACUGUCCCACACCUUUGCAAUUGUGUUUCUUUGUUCCGAUGGCGUGGAUCGGGGCCAGAAAUAUUUUACUAUGUUUAGGACUUUUUGUGGUUGCUAGUUCAUUUUGCAGUUGUGCCGCACUGACGAGACUCAAGGCACUGGAUAAAUUAAGAGAACACUCGACGCAUAGCCAAAGUCAAGCUGAAGGAAGUGGUCUGCGCCAUGGACGACUCCUCAUCGGGCAGAAAUCUCUACAAGGUGCUAAACCCAAAGGAAUCAGUUCCACGGAGAAACUCCUGAACUUGGAAACAGAUUACCAGGCAGACAUGGGUUGGCCAGAGGCCAAGCGAGCCGAGGGACAAGUUGAAGGCCUUUCACGACUGAUGCCAGACAAUGCAGCAGUAAAACGACUCCUCAAACUGGAACCAAAGGUUGAAUGUACAGGAAACUCGAUGAAGCUUCAGGUCCAAGAUGUUGUUUCAACCCCUGGAUCUCUAUUCUUUGUGGACAGGGGAACUCAACUGUCUCCUCUGCCUCUGUCGAAGUUGCCACCAAGCUGUGGUUACACAACAAGGUCAACAAGGAGAGAUUUUGUCUUAAUUGCACCCUAUGAUGGUUGCUUUGUUGCUCUUGAGGAGGACAGUUAUGUUCUCCCCUUGCGAUGGUCAGGGUUACCAGUGAGGAUGUCAUGCCCUUUGAUGAAACCAUCUGCUCCUAGCCCUCCAAUGGUCACCUGCCACUCUGAAGGCAUGGUCGUGAAAACUGAAUGGACCAUCUCUCUCAAUGACAUUAAAGUAAACUUGAAGGGUAUCUGGGAGCCUCUGAUGAAGGCGUCAGCCAAAUGUGGGUUCAGUGUAGUUGUACAUCCCGAGGGUGUGGUCCUCUCUGUUCACUACGCACCCUGCCUGGAGGAAAAGGAUGGAAUGUACACCCUGGAACUGUCUGGAAAUGGAGAAAGUAAUAUUUUGUGUCCAUCACUGUCAGCAACUCGAGCUGAACCCACAAAAAUCCCACCAAAGGAUUUAGAACAGCAAACUGAAAUGCCAAGCAAAUGGGUGCAUCACCCCACCUUGCCACAUAAUUCUGGUUCAGCCAGUGAUCAAAGUCAAAGUGCUCAGUCUGCAGUUCCCAAGGUCCCUGAUUUUCCUCAGAACCCAGAGCUACCUAAAACUGUCCCUCCCUCAAAUCGGCCAGUGGCCCCAGGAGGACAAGUGCCCCAAUCAUUUUUUCCUUUGCAUCACUGGCCAGCCCAACCUGAACGAGUGCCUGUUGAGAAAAAACCUCUAGUGCAGUCUCCAGCCACCCAACCACCCAAUGGCAAAGUGGAAGGCCCUUUUUACCCAUACUUUUUUAUGCCACCUAAAUAUGGCAUUCCUGUACAGAGGCCUGAAUUGAACCCUAUGCCUACAUUUCACCCAGGCCAAAUUCAAAAACCUUACUACACUAUUCCAUUUAGGCCGCAACCCCCUAAGUCUGAAACUCGUGCUACACCGCCACCAGUCAGUACACCACCUCCUCAGAAACUUGAAGGACCCCCUUCAAGCAAGUCUGAGCACCAAGAAUACAAACCCCUUGAACCACCUGUGGUGCCAAAACCCCCAGUUUCUCAGGAACAAAUGUACCAACCAUUUUACCCUUAUUUUUGGCCUCAAGGCCCUUACCAGACAGACAUGCAACCCACACACCAAACCCCUACACCAUCUCAAAAGGGCCAAGUAAAACAGCCUCUCAACCUGUUGAACCCUGAGAGGUCUAAACCCGAAGUCGCUGGAAAUUUGUUACCCAGUAAACCAGCUCCAGAGAGCAUUGAGCCAACACAGCCUGAAGCCCCUAUGGGACAAGUAAACCAGUACCCCUACCCUGAACCAGGCCUGCCUACAAAGCCAAUCACUGUACCACAGCCGGAAGCUCCUUCAGGCCAAUACCAGCUGAUCUACCCCUACUACUACCCCCAGCCAGAAAAUCUACCAGCUGAAAAGCCAGAACACAAACCUUCUUACCCACAACCAUCUGAAAUACCAGGUGCUGGAACCGAUGCUGGAAGGCCAGUCCCAACUGAACCACCUCCAGAUGGCCAGGUGUAUUACACCUUUAACAGUUACUACCCACAGCAGCCUCAGCUCCCUCAGCCUAUAACAUUACCCCCUGCUACCACCAUUCAGCCACCACAAGUCACAAUUGCACAACCUAGUGAUGGUGAUAUAAUUCCUCAAGGUCCACAACCAGACUCUCCAUAUAUGCCCCCUUUCUACUGCCCUCAAUCUUGCCCAUCUGGAUUUUCUAAUUGCUGUCCCCAAAUUGCUUUUCAUCAACACCUGCAUCAUAUUGUUCCAGCUGGACAUGGCAGUAAAGAUAUUCCUCCCGUCUAUCCAGCACUGCCAUUACUCCAUUCACUGGCAUAUUCAGGGCUUCGCAAUGGCUUGGCUGCUCCCCCUUCUCAAAAGCAAACUGAGACGGAAACACAAGCUUCCACCUCUGCAGCCUCUAACCCUCUCCCACCUGAGAAUGAAAAACAGCCACAUCUCCUGCCACCAGAUGGCAACCACGCUGUGCCUGGUUUCAGGAAACCUGCAAAUCAACUGCCAGCCUACCCUUAUUUCGUACCUAAUACAUAUUAUCCAUAUCUACCACAAAAUCAGAAGCUAGCAAAUUUUCCACAAGGCCAAUCAGCAGUUAAUCACUAUGCUCCCUCUGAGCGUCAGGCUCAAAGCAACAACCCAGUAAAUCCAGCAUUGCAAUAUGUGCCAUAUUACAUACAGUUCCCAGAGCAACAAAUAAGCCAACUAUUACCAGGGGACAUGAAUAGUCCCUCCUGGCCUAACUUAAUGUCUUUUAUUAGACAAUAUCAACAACAGGAACAUGUAGCAAACCAGCCAAACAAACCCACAGCCAAGGAACUGCAGCCAUCCAGUUACUCUAAUCAGCAAACGCGUCCUAUAGGCCAAAGUAUAGUUCAUCGUUUUCUGGUCCCCUCUCAAACGCUUGAAGAGGUUCCAGCACCCAUCAGUAACUCCUCACAGCCAUUUGUGAGUGGCUCAACGAAACCCACCACCCAAGAACAGACAGUCCAACCCAAUUCUGAAUCUCAGAGUUAUGAGCUGCUACAGCAUGGUCCACCAACUAUGGAGCCCAACAGUUACAAGAAAGAUCUGAUUCAUCGAAAUCUUAAACUGCUUCCUCAGAAUUUAAAUCCACCAAAGAACCGACCCCAGCACCCGGAUUGGCUGAGAAGAAUGUCCAAUCCUUCAACUGCUAAUGUCAACUACAUUGCAAGGCCUGGUGAUAACUCAGAAAGUUUGCAAUUGUUUAUCUCUGCUACGGAUGGCUCUCAUUUUGUGCCUUUGCCCCAGGACCCCUCUUUCAGUACAGCACAUUUAAAGCCAGAGUUCCUUGAAUCACUGAAAGGAAUGUGGAAGCCCAUCAAACCUCUAGGCUCCAGCCAAAGGAUUCCAGCCCAUGUUCCUAGAAGUGCAUUUCAACAAUGGAGCUCAGCAGGGCACCAUCAAAGGGACUGAACCUAGCCGCCCAGAGAAAAGGUGGACAUCGGAAACAGAAAUUGGUUCCCUUCAAUAUGAAUAAACAAUUGAAACAGUA